GAAUUUCCAUCACAGAUUAUAAAUAUACAUUUCCAUUUUCCUGACUUUUAAAUUUAUUAAAGUUUCAAUUUUAAAUUUGUGAUAUUUAUUUCCCUACGAAAUGUGAUAAGAAAAUGAUGUUGUAAUUUAAGUUAGAUUAGGAAUUAUUUAAUUGGUCUAUUGCUAGUAUCUAGCAUUAAAUAUGCUUCGAGCAAUUGCAAACGUUUACAUCGAGAGCCAGUCUCGGACCAGACGGGAUGCUUUGCAAAUAUUUCGAGUUUGCAAUUAUUCCAGCGUGCGUGGAGAUGACAAGCCGCUCUCGAGGAAGCUACGGAAGUUCAGAACGACCGUGCUGGCGGGCGAGCGGCGCGCCGGCCCGGCGCCCCGGACGCCGCCGCAGCCCGGCCCCGAGCCGCCGCCGCCGGCCGCGCGCCGCCGCCGCGCCUGGGCCGCGCUGGCGGCGCUCGCGGCCUCCGCGUCGCUGGGCGGGGCGUACUUCUACCGGAAACUGACCGACGAGCGCCAGCGCUCCCGCGACGCCGAGCCGACGCCCGCGCCCGCCGACGCGACCGACGCGCCCGAGCCGCCGCUGCCGGCGCGCGCCGAAGACCUGCCGCCGCACGCCGAGUUCCUGCUGGUGGGCGCCGGCACCGCCGCCUUCGCCGCCAUGCGCGCCAUCCGCAGCGCGCGCCCCGACGCGCACGUGCUGCUGGUGGGCGCCGAGCCCGCGCUGCCCUACAUGCGGCCGCCGCUCAGCAAGGAGCUGUGGCGCGAGCCGGCGCCGGCCGACGCCGCCGCGCGCCCCGACGCGCUGACCUUCCGCCAGUGGAACGGGCGCCGCCGCAGCCUCGCCUACGAGCCGGCCGCCUUCUACGCGCCGCCCGAGCGCAUGCGCGCCGCGGGCCCCGGCGCCGCGCUGGCCCGCGGCUGGCGCGUGGAGCGCCUCGACCCCGCCGCGCGCCGCGCCGUGCUGGCGGCGCCGGGCGGCCUGCGCCACGAGCUGUCGUACGGCGCCGCGCUGCUGGCCACGGGCGCGCGCCCGCGCCGCGUGCCGGCGCUGGCCGCCGCCGCCGCCGCCGGCCGCUCGCUGGCGCUGCGCGACGUGCGCGACGCGCGGCGGCUGGCGCGCGCGCUGGACGCGCCCGGCGUGCGCACCGUGGCCGUGGUGGGCGGCGGCUUCCUGGCGACAGAGCUGAGCGCGGCGCUGGCGGCGCGGCUGGCGGCCGAGGGCGCGGGCCGGCGCGUGCUGCAGCUGUUCCGCGAGGAGGCGCCGCUGGCGCGCGUGCUGCCGCCGUACCUGGCGGCGGAGGCGGCGCGGCGCCUGGAGGCCGAGGGCGUGCGGCUGCGGGCGCGCGCCGAGGUGCUGGCGGGCGAGGUGGGCGCGGCGGGCGACGUGGUGCUGCGGCUGGCGGACGGCGCGGAGGAGCGCGCGCAGCUGGUGGUGGAGUGCGCGGGCGCGGAGCCGGCGGCCGAGCUGGCGGCGGCGGCGGGGCUGGAGCUAGACGGCGCGCGCGGCGGCGUGCUGGUGAACGGCGAGCUGGCGGCGCGCGCGGGGCUGUGGGCGGCGGGCGACGUGGCCAGCUUCUACGACGAGGCGCUGGGGCGGCGCCGCGUGGAGCACCACGACCACGCCGUGGUGUCGGGGCGCCUGGCGGGCGAGAACAUGGCGGGCGUGGCGCCGCCGCGGGUGUACCGCCACCAGAGUAUGUUCUGGAGCGACCUCGGCCCGCAGCUCGGCUACGAGGCCGUCGGCAUCGUCGACUCGCGCCUGCGCACCGUGGGCGUGUUCUCGGCCGAGGCGACGGCGGGCGAGGCGGCGGGGGCGGGGGACGCCGGGCAGGCGCCGGAGCACGCCGGGCGGGCGCCGCAGCGCUACGAGCGCGGGGUGGUGUUCUACCUGCGCGAGGAGCGCGUGGUGGGCGUGCUGCUGUGGAACCUGUUCAACCGGCUGCACGUGGCGCGCCAGCUGCUGGCGCUGGACGCGGCGCCCGACUUGUUCGAGGCGGCCAAGCUGUUCGCGCCGCAGGACGAGUAGGCGCGGGGCGUUCGUUCGCUGUACAUAGAGUAAGUUAGGUGACAUUUCAAUACAAUUGUUAGCAAACC